AUGGACCUCGAGAUUAAUCUCCUUUCGCUCCCACUUCCCCUUGACGGUCACCUCCUCGCAGCCGCGUGCCGCCUCGUUGACGCCGCGCUCCGCUACAAUCUCCAGGUGUUUGAUACGAAGGUGAUGAAGAAGAAGAAAUUAGAUGCAGAAAGGCAACACGAGGACUACAAUGAUUUUAAAAGCAAUGAAGAUAAAGAUGUCAGUCAAUGCAAAAAGGAGGAGAAGAAGAGGAAGAAGAAAAAACUAAGUGAAGAAAGCAAAAGUAAGGAGUAUAAUGAGUUUGAAAGCAACGAAGGUGAAGAUGAUGCCCGGGGUAAGAAGAGGAAGAAGAAAAAGCUGAGUGAAGAAAGCAAAAGUAAGGAGUAUAAUGAGUUUGAAAGCAAUGAAGGUGAAGAUGAUGCCCAGGGUAAGAAGAGGAAGAAGAAAAAGCUGAGUAAAGAAAGCAAAAGUAAGGAAUAUAAUGAGUUUGAAAGCAAAGAAGGUGAAGAUGAUGCCCAAGGUAAGAAGAGGAAGAAGAAAAAACUGAGUAAAGAAAGCAAACGUGAGGAGUAUAAUAAGUUUGAAGGCAAUGAAGGUGAAGAUGACGCCCAAGGCAAGAAGAGGAAGAAGAAAAAGCUGAGUGAAGAAAGCAAAAGUAAGGAGGAUAAUGAGUUUGAAGGCAAUGAAGGUGAACAUGAUGCCCAAGGUAAGAAGAGGAAGGAGAAAAAACUAAGUAAAGAAAGUAAAAGUAAGGAGUAUAAUGUGUUUGAAAGGAAUGAAGGUGAAGAGGAUGUCCAAGGUAAGAAGAGGAAGAAGAAAAAACUGCAUGAAGAAAGCAAAAUUAACGAGUCUAAUGAGUUUGAAAGCAAUGAAGGUGAAGAUGACAUCCCUGGUAAGAAGAUGGAGGAGAAGAAACUACAUGACAAAGGCAAAAAUAAGGAGAAUAGUAAGUUCAAUAGCAAAGAAGGCGAUCCACCUUCGGCUAGAGUCAAUGAUGUUGAUUCUCAAAGCAAGAAAAUGGAGAAAAAGAAGAAAGCCAAGGCAGAUAAUGGUGAAUCUUCUAAUCCUGCACACAGUGGAUUAUCCAAACCCAAACGGGUAACUUUUUCUGAUCAAGUGGAUGUUUGUUGUGAUGGCUUAAUCCGUGGGAAACGGUUUACACCAGAAGAAGAUGAGAGGAUUAAAUUGGCUGUUUUUUAUUAUAUAGAGUCUCAUGGUUUGGGAGAUGAAGGUCUAGAUAUGGUUCUCCAUUGUAACUCUCAUCGUGAAAUUAGAAAUUGUUGGAGGGAAAUUGGAGCAGCGUUACCCAAUAGGCCAUACGUUAGUGUGUAUACUCGUGCCCAUAUUUUGUUUGAAAGGGAUGAGAAGCGGAAGUGGACACCUGAAGAGUAUGAUUUUUUACGGAAGAUCCACGAACAACAUGGAUCUAAUUGGAAAGCAGUAGCUGAUGCAAUGGGCAAACAUCGAUUUCAUGUAAAGGAUGCAUGGCGUAGAAUAAAAUUAACCAAUAGAAAUAAAGGACGAUGGACCCAAGAGGAGUAUCAAAAUUUAUUCAAUUUAGUAAACGAGGACCUACGUGCGAGAGCUUCACAAGGUUAUAGAAAAUCAAAACAUGGUAUGUUGCGAGAUAAUAUUGGUUGGGAGGCAAUUGGUGACAAGUUGGCCACUAGAACCAGUGUUCGCUGCUGCAUGAAGUGGUAUGAUAAAUUAACAUCACCAAUGGUUGCUAGUGGUACAUGGAGUGAUACUGAUGACUAUCGCCUGGUAAAUGCUUUAUUUACUUUGGAUGCUUGCUGCAUGGAGGAGGUAGAUUGGGACAAUCUGCUUGAGCAUAGGCCUGGUGAUGCAUGUAGAAAACGGUGGAACCAAAUGGUUCAAUAUAUUGGAGAGCAUGGGGGUAGGCCAUUUGCUGAGCAGGUUGAAAUUCUCGCAAAAAGAUUUUGCCCCGAUUUAUUGGAAGUAAGAGAGGCCUAUGAUGCAAAACCUUUGGAUGGGAAGUUAACAACUGACAGCAAAGUAAAAACUAAAAGGCAGAUAAUAUCCAUUCGCUCCCUCACUUCAACUGUGAAAAUCAAAGAUUAUAAUGUCCAAGACCAAUAUCUCCACUGA